AUGGAUGGUCCUCUCACCGUCUGCAACGCUCUUGCUGCCCCUGCUGUUGACUCCUUGGCCAAGCAAGGCAGCCCUUUUGUGGCUGCAGACCCCCUUUACUCCCUGCGGGGCCCCGAGGCCGCGGCUCGCAGCAGCAGAGCAGGUUGUCUGCAGCCAACUGCAGCAGCAGCAGCAGCAGCAGCAGCAGUUCUGAGCGCUCCUCCUUCGCAGCAGCCCCGACAAAACACACUCCUGGGAAACACGCAACACUGCAUGCACCGAAAUGGGGAGACCCCAGCGCCAGCUGGGGACACGGGCGGCAGCGCUCUCCACACCUUCUACAGCUCAUCGCCUUCGCCUUCGCCGGGGGCCCCGGGGGCCCUUGGGACUCCUGGGGGCCCUGGGGGCCCUGGAGUCCCUGGAGGCCCUGGGGGCCCCGGGGGCCCCGGGGGCCCCAGCGGCCGUGGGAUUCCUGAGGAUAGGUGCUCUUUAGCUGCUGGAGCUUUGUUAGGCCAAGACCUUUUACUGCAGCAAGACGCACGCUACAACGGACUGGAGCAGCAGCAGCAGCAGCUGCUCCUUCAGCAUAAGCUGCAGCAAAUGCAGCAGGCGAAUUCUCUUUUGAUACAAGACAUGAAUGCCCAGGCAGCAGCACAGCGACUGGAAGGCUCGGCGGAAAACGACCAACUGCAGCACCAGCUGCAGCAGCAACUGCAGCAGCAAUUCCAGCAGCAGCAGCAGCAACUGCAACACCAGCAGCAGCAACUGCAACAGCAGCAACUAAUGCAGCAGCGACAAUUGCAGCGGUAUGCGCAGGGAUACGGAAGCUUGCAGCCCUCGCAGCAGCAACAGCAGCAGCAGGAGGUAGCUGCCUUGGAUCAGCAGCAAAUACAGCAAAUGCAGCAGCAGCUGCAGCAGGAGCAGACCGCAGAGCAGCAAAUGCAGCAGCACUACCUAACGGGCCCACCUGCUGCUAAUGGGGAGGGCCCUUGCGUUCCUCAGCCCCAGUCCUUCAUUCCCGGCUUAGCAGCAACCAGCAGCAGCAUGACGAUAUCUGGCCAGCAGGAGCAGCAGCAACAGCUGCUCCAGUUACAAAUGCAACAGAACCCGCAGCAGAUGCAGCAGCGGAUGCAGCAAUCGGAUCUGGAUGAUUUUUUGCCGCAGCAGUUUAUCUGCGAGCCCCGCAUCGUAGAGAAGGUCGUGGAAGUCCCCCGCAUAGAGUUUGUAGAAAAGAUUACAGAAGUGCCUCAAAUUCAAAUAAGAGAGAAAAUUGUCGAAGUCCCUGAAGUGGUGCUGAAGGAGAAAAUUAUUCACGUGCCUCGAAUUGUGCUGCAGGAAAAUAUCAUAGAAGUCCCGGUGGAAAAGGUGGUGGAGCGUUGCAUAGAAGUGCCUCAGGUGCAGCAGCAGCAGCGCGUGGUGGAGGUGCCGCAGGUGCUGCAGCAGGAAGUGCUCAUUCCUGUUCCAAAAGUACAAGUUGUUGAAAAGAUAACUCCAAGAAUCAAAAGAAUUGAAGUCGAGAAGAUCAUCGAGGUCCCCAAGAUCCAGUACAGACAGGUGGAGGUGGAGAAGAUCGUAGAAGUGCCUCAGGUGCAGGUGCAGUACGUAGACGUUCCUGUGCCGGUGCCGCAGCGCCACAUUAACGUAGUUCAGACGCAGAAGGUGGUGGAGGUGCUGCAGCAGCAGGUGGUGGAGAAGAGGGUCAAGGUGCCGACACCUCGGUACAUACACCGGCAGCGGCCCGUGGCUCAGCCACCGAAGACAAUUUACAGAGAAAUACCAAAGCCCAUUCCUCGGUAUGUGAAGAUACCGCAGCCCCAAGACGUCUAUGAGGAGGUGGAGAAGCCUGUCUUCGUUACCAAAUAUGUCGAGCGGAAGGUCCCAGUUUACACGGAGCGCAUUGUGGAGGAGCCUUUCCCUGUGAAGGUGCCUUGCGAGGUGACGUGCGCACGGCCAGUUCCAGUGUACCGACAGGUGGAGCGCCCAGUGGCAGUGCCCGUGCCCGUGCCUGCAGGUGACCCUUUAAUUCGAACUGCUGCAGGUUUGGUGCCUUUGAAGGACUUUGUAGCACAGCACCACAUAGUGAACGUGACGCAGCACCGCCGGCAGCAGCAGCCGCAGCAGCAGCAUCUGCUGCGCGCACAGCAGCAGUUCAGUCACCAGCAACAGGAGGCGCGGUCCCUCGGAUCCCGGCCGUCUACGCACUGCAGCACUGCAGGGCAGUUGCAGCAGCCUUACACGCCCUCAGUGGGCAUGCAGCAAUUGCAGCAACAGCAAAUGCAGCAGCAACAGCAGCACGUGCAGCAGCAAAUGCAGCAGCAGAUGCAGCAGCAAAUGCAGCAGCAGCUGUUCAUGCAACAGUCCCAAAAGCAGCAGCAACAGCACGUGCAGGAUCAAACGCCGCUAUUCACGCAACAGCCCCAUCCGCAGCAGCAGCAGCUGCUACGGCGCGAAAGCGCUGCCCCAUGGAAGGUAGAGAACUUUGCGCAGCCCCCUGCUGCUGCAGCCGAGCCAGCUGCUAGAUACGGAAUGUGCAGCCACCUGCAGCAGCAGCACCAGAUGCUGCUGCAGCGAAUCAGUGCCUCCCCAAGCCGCCGACCCCCUCUAAGUACCACAGCGAGAAGCAGCGCAGCAACAGCAACAGCAGCAGAUUCCGUGGCCCCUCCUGUAGCUCGUCUUUGGGGGCAGCACCAAUCACCUGCUGCUCCAUUAGUCCAUUCGCAGCACAACUACCUGCAGCAGCAGCACCCGCGGCUUCUAGAGCAGCAACAGCUGCAUCAGCAGCAGCUAACACAGCAGCACCACUACCAGCAGUUACAGCAGCAGCAGCAGCUUCUGCAGCAACAGUCUGCCUCCUGCACGGCACAGGAGCUGCACCAACAGCAACUGCAGCGGCGGCAGCUGCAGCAAAUGCAGCAGCAUCUGCUGCAGCAACAGCAGCAGGCGCCGCACAGGCCAGAACCGCAGCAGCAGCAGCACGUAAGAUGCGACCCCUACCCCAGCAGUCCCCGGUAG